UUACAGAACAAGACCAGCCAAAACCCUACCAUACAAUUCCUAGGAAACGAAGGGCAACUGUCCUUUCCAUCCACCCAGUCCAGCCAUGGAUCCGCAGGAUUCACCUUUAGUCUCUCGGGAAACCAGGAUGUCGAGGGUCCUCAGGGUGCCUUCGAAUGCGUGCAACAAACCGGGCCUAAGAGUCUCGAAAGCCUGGGGACGUUGCCGUGCAAAAUGCGGAUUCGUGCCAACGACGACGUCUACGAGACGACCAGGCAUCGGAUGGCGGUCGCCGAAGAGAACAACAAGAACAAAUGUACGAGGGUGAUCAAGGCGAACGGGCCGGAUAUCGGUCGCAAGGUCAAGGUGAAAGGAACCGGAAGAACGAUACCGCCCCCGGCGAACAACAGGCACCGGGAGUCGGCCGUCAUCCCUGUGACCGGAAGCCAGUCCUCCAGGCUGUCGUCUUACAAGCCCAUCUCCGGAAGUUCGACGGCAAGUCGGCCCCAACCGGAGAAAAAGAUGUCGGACAUCAUGCGUAGGCCGCUUAAAGAGCGGCUUAUACAUUUACUCGCCUUGAGGCCAUACAAGAAGCCUGAGCUGUACGAUCGCAUCAACAGAGAGGGUAUUAAGGAACGCGAGCGCAGCAUCAUGACGACGAUGCUGAAGCAGGUGGCCUUUAUGCGCGACAACACCUAUCACCUUCAUCGGCACGUGUGGAACGACGUGCAGGAGGAUUGGCCCUUCUACACGGAGCAGGAGAAGGCUAUGUUGAAGAGGCGGAAACCGCAAAACUUAACUCCUCCUGGAUCCAGCGACGGAGGCUCCAGCGGUAGCGGACAGUCGCCGAAUUCGACCCACCCGGGAUCACCACCGGCAAUUACGGCUCCUCCACCGAGUCUGAUGAGUUCGAAGAGACCGGGAUACUACCAGGGCAACGACGGCCUGCCAACGAAGAGACCCAGGAUAUCCCACUACCGAAAACCCGAGCCCAGCUCGCUGGCAAACACGGCGACAGCGGUCGUUGAUAGCGGAAGGACGGCCGGUGGUGGUGUCGGUGGGGGCGGUGGUGGUGGCGGUGGUGGCGGUGGUGGCGGAGGCCAUGGUGGUACGCACGCCACCAGUGCCGGUGGUGGCGGUGGUGCCGUAGCCGGUGUAGGUGGUGUAGGUGGUGGUGGUGGGAGCGGUGGUGGGGACAACAACGGCUGGGACCAAAGGCAACAACAACGCGAGCGCGGCGAGUACCGGGCCGAAAGAACAACGAACAGUGACGUGCUGCGCACCGGGUACGGUGGAUUCGGGCCCAGCAAGUGUCCCACCUCUAACAGUGACAGUGAGGAGAACAACGUUAACUCGCUUCACGGGAACCCGGCCAAUGCCAGCUACCACUCGCACGGUAGCCUUAGCUCCCAUAGUAACUCCGGUGCCGGGUACCACGGUCACGGGGCUGUCAAUAAUAACAAGGUGAUCGGUGGUGAGGCCAGUGGCAGUGCCCUAGUGAACUUCGUCAGGUCGGGAUGCACGACCAACUCGACCGGAUUCAACGGCAGCCCUAACAGGAGGGAUCGCGACGACCGACCGAGAACCGACUCCAGAGACCAUCGGACCCCCUCCCGGACGAACUCCUACAACGACCUGCCGACCAUUGGAUCCUCCUCCGGAUACGGCACCUCUAACUCCUACGAACGCACCUCGCCCAUCAACGAGGAGGCCUGCUCCAAGGCCUCGGAAACGGAAUACCCCGACUACCUCACGUACUACACGACGAUAAGCAGCUCGGAACAGAGGAGGCGUUACAAGGCUGAGUUCAACGCGGACUACGAGGAGUACCGAAGGUUGCACACCGAGGUGGCCAGGGUGUCCAAGCACUUCGCGCAGCUGGAGGAGUUGAGGAAACACGAGCUGAAUAAUGGACACUUCGAGGAGUCGGAGGCAAUAUCGCAGCAAAUUAUCAAAGAGUACAAACAGACGAAAAGCGAUCCAGUUCACCAGGAGACGAAGAAGAGGUUUCACUAUCUUCACGAGAAGCUGAGCCAUAUAAAGCGAUUGGUCCUAGAAUACGACACCCAGAACGGCAUCGUGAGCGGCAGCUCGAGCAAUAUCAACGUCAACAUCGGCGCCGGCGCUGGCGCCGACGACGGUGACAACCUGCGGUACUGACACAAGCCCAAACAGCCGCCUCUCGUCCUUUGCCUCUUCACGGUUGUCAAUACGCUGCUCUCGGCGUUGCUGCAGAAUCUGCAUUUCCUCGGGAAACUCCAAUGUUAACUUUUGAUGGUUGAAAUCGUUCCUGGAUCGGCAUCGCCCAGAUUAGCCGGCGCCAAGGGCGGCAACGGUCUGCAGUUCCGACUCGAGCCCGAACAGCCGUCUCUCGUCAUUUGUCCUCUGCAGGUCAUGGAUACGCUGCUCCUCCCGACGUAGUCACGGAAUCUACCCCUCUUGAAGAAUUUCAACUUCCUGGGAAACUGCACCGUUAACUUCGAUGGCUGAAUUCGUUCCCGGUUUGAAAUCGUCCGAUUUAACGUCAUCAACGACGCCGGCAGGUCCGAAGUAUCGACGAAAGCCAGAAAGUCUCUCUUCCAUUGACAGUCUCCUCGCCGUUGUCAAUACGGUCUCGUCGAUGCUGCAGAGUCCGCGGUUUCUUGGAUAACGGCUAAUGGUAAUUUCGGAUUUUGAAAUCGUUCCCGAGACGGCAAUGUUAGCGGUGGUUCGAGCACCAAGUACACCCAGCACUGGCGACGAGGAAUGGUCUUCCGGUACCCGACCUCAAGACUUAACAGCCCCUCCUUGUGGUUGUCACCGCGCUAAGGUACCUGCGUUUCUUCAGGAGACUUCAACGUUCGCUUUGACCGUUCUUCCGUGGCGGGAAGAUAAACGAGUAUCCAUGGCAGGUGGAAUUGGUGAAAGACAUCGGUGAAGACGAAGAAAACCAGGCAUCGAAACGAGGCCGCCGGUGCUCCGUUCUCCAACCUGGAAGACAAGGAGAGACCUAGAGAACGGACCACUAGGUUGUCGGAUGCUCCGUCAUUUAGAAAAGCCCAAGGGAACGUUGGCUAGGUAUACAAUAAACGCGAGGAUGACGCAGGUUACCCAAACUACCGAAAAUGGAAAUCGGCUAGAGAAGUAGAUCGGAGACUCGUCGAUCGAUUUCGAAACCUGGGAUGGAGCGUGAAAUAAGUUAAUAGGGUAAACCUGGGGCGAACGUUGCGUGAAUCGCCGGCGAAGUGCUCGAUCUUGGCGAACUUGCUGAUGACAAUCGGAGAAUGUACCGGAGACGUUUGGGGAACGCGCGGAGGAGGUCUGGGGAACGCCAAGAGGGAGACACUCCACUUCACGGAGACACGGUUACGAGGGAAGCGGAACCGAAAGCUAAGUAGCGUCCAAGACUGUCCAGUGAAGCAAACAAGUAGCGAACUAGAUAAGUAAAAUAGAGGAAGCACGCACGUCCAAGUGUUGUCCAAGUUAAGUAGUUAACGCGCAAGAGCGAGAGGGUCCAAGAUAACAAACCGUAGGGUUAUACCACGCAAGUCCUGGGGCAUUUUCGUCGUGUCGAACUUAACGGGCACUUAAUCGGCGUAGACUUUGAGGGACGUAGGCCCGAGGUUCGACGGGACGUCGCAGUCCUUUCCGAGGCCAAGAGUCCAGGAAGAGAUCGUCCGUGUCAUAUCAGAGGAGAAGUCCAAUCGAGGCCGGAAGUCCGCGGAAGAGACCGGCACUGGUACUUCAUUGGCGUACACGAGGUCAACUCGUUGCUUCGUCAUUUUGAUUUCGUUCGAGACCCUCGCCCUGGAGGAAACCUUCCCGUUGGUCCUGGUGUCGAAAUUGGUCAAACCGAUGAUCGAGUCCAGGUGAGCCGAGCAAAGGCGAGAUGAACGACCUUCGUCUUGGCGAAAUCCAUCGAAAGAUAUUCACUUAGCGGGAACUUUGUUUACGUUUUGUUUUGUUUUCUUUCUUUUUUUAUUUACCCAGUCAAACGCAAUUCCUGUUGAAUUAAAAUGAAAAAAUAGGAAUCACGUCGAGGCGCGGAAUAUUCAUGAAUCACGAAACAAGUUUCGGGUAAACCACGAAAAAAAACUUAUUUAGAGAAGGCUGCUUUCGGGCACCUCUCAUAGAAGUGGGUUGCCAUGGGAAAAAAAAAACAAAAACAGUGGUUUCGGGGGGGAAAUUCGUAGCCGGAGUUUAUUAGUUGCUUUAAUUUUGAGGAAAAAAGAAAAGUAACCACUAUUCGUUUCAUGGGGAUUGUCCUAGCGUAAUUCGUUAAUGUACUCUUUUAAUCUCAUAUGACAACCUGCUCCAAUUUCGAGAGUAACUUUCUAUGGAUUUUUAUAGGAGUCUUUUUUCUUUUUCUUUUUUUGAAGAAUAUGUAUGACAACCUAAGAGAAUCAUAAGAGAACACAGGAAAGAAUAUUUUGGAAGGCAGCUCGUAGUACUCUCGCGAUACGACAUUGCCUGUGAAUUGCUAAAUGACGAUAAACGAGGAACGAACUAAAAAAUGGAGCUCUCGUGCGCGAAGGUCUCGAACUCGUCUCGGGGUUGGUGACGAUCAUGCGAGUUCGGCCGAGUUACGAAUAAACAAUGUGAUCGUGUCCAGAUUGUGUAUAUCGAGUAAUAUAAAUAUUUUAAUAAUUUUAACGACAUAGCUAGUAACGAAACAAUAUUAUUAACUAUAGUAACCAGUUCGUCGUGAACUCGUGGUGGUUUUUACGAGAACCCGUAGAAAGAGAAAAAGGAGGGUACCAGGCAUAUUGGUUUUUAACGAGAGUGAUAUAUCGGUCGUUGGACAAGGCGAUGACGUUGACGUUGACGACGACGACGGCGAACCGCGACGUUCCGCGACAUUAUUACCGAUACUACUACAGUUUUUAUUAUUAUUCUAUCACUAUUAAUAAUAUUAUUAUUAUCGUACUGCUAUUAUAGCUGUUCGGGUAACGGAUGAUUCGAUGUAGCGGAAGGACCUGACCUGCCCCACGGAACGUCCCAGAAUUUCCGGAGGACCUUGAAAAAUGUCCUCCGCCGUAUUUACGUUUUUUAGAGUCGAAGAAUAUAUCACGAAUCUCUUAAUGAGAUACAACAUUGAAGAAGUAUCCCGGCUAAUUUCGUAUUCAUAAUUGGAAGUUAAUUUCAAGGAAUUCCUGGUUAUGGACGCUCCGUGGCGAUUGCCUUGGGACGAGGAAGUACGACUAAAUUGAAUAAGAUAUUUUGAGGCGGGAGGUGGCAAAAAGGUCGAUGUAAAGAACAUGAACUUGUUUCGGUCUCUCGUUAAAUUUGAGUACUCGUUCCUACGUCGAAUCAGUGCGCAAUUACGCUGCAUGCAAUGCCGCGAUGCGAAAACGGACCCCGCGGAGGAAGGAGAUUUUGUACUCGUUGCGCACAAUUCGAUUCCCUGUCAUGAGCGUAAUCAACGUUGUUUAUCGUAGGGAAUUAGCACCCAUGACGAUGUAUUGUUAAGGAUUCACAACGAACUACCAUCCGGAGCGUGUUGUAUUUUUAGGGGUCGAAUAGAAGUAUGUAGUUACUCGCAUCGUCUGCAGGGUAAUUGCGCCAUCACGCAUUGCCUGUAAUUACGUUAAAAAAGAAUUCGCCGAAAGCGUCCAAUUUAUCAAUAAAGGUUCGAUCGGGUCCAGUCGGCCCCGAGUUUCCGUGGGCCGAGACAAUGGACCUCUUUGGACCCCCACGAGAGCUAAUUACUAUCACGAAAACGGGACAAACUGUUAAUUAUCGCGUGUUACUCAAAUCCUAGCACGUGUUAUCGCAUAAGGAUUUACGUUAAUUUUUCUCAUAUGUUUUCCAUUAAUUUCUAUUAGAGCGUGUUAGGCGUUUGUUAGGUAUUCCUCUUUCGUGGCAGUGCCCGCCGAUCUCGAGCGAUGGUCCAUAAGACCUCGCUCGAGAUAUACAGUAGGCUCUACAGGUCUACGUGCGAUGUUCCGAAAGGGCUCGUUAAGUUUAUGGAUUUGCAAGUUGCCACGUUAAGUAUUUAGUUUCGAUUAAUUUACUAGGUAUUUCAAUUGACGGCAGUAAUGGUGUUCCGGCGAUGAAGACGCGCGUGUAUAUCUGUGUAUAAAGAAAAAAAAAGAAGAAGAUUCAAGUGCUGGACGUACACCAGAGAUCCCGUAUUCUCUGAUACCGGUAUUCUUUCGUCGACUGGCUUAUCUAAUCGUUGAGUUUUAUUUUAGAGAAAUUUUCCAUUGGCUCGUAGGUAUGAAUGGUGUAUCUCCUUUUUGUAUUUAGUCCCGUUUAGAGCUACUGUCCUCGAAGUCUCGGUGAAACAUCGCACGUAGGCUAAGCAUUAGUCAAUAAAAGAGAUUCGAGGAGCCGACUAUCGUGGAACGUAUGGCACAGUGAUAUUCCUGCUAAACGGUACAGUCCAUACGCAGUCUGUACUCGGACAUUAACGACGUGCAGCACGUAUAUAGCAUUGUACAUAGAGUUAUAAAGUCAAGCGAAUUGUAAAGAAAACGAAGUUAAGGAUACGUAUUUAGAAGCCUUAAGAGUAAUCGAGUAACAAAGCCGGGUGAUUUAACUAAUAUAUUAUUUUCGUUGCUUGUGGGUGUAUAAUGUUAAUUCGACUAAUCUUCUCCGUUAUGACGUACCCUAAUAAAACGUUUCUACGAUA